AUAAACAGGUAGACAGUGAAAGUGAAAGUCAGUCUCCAUUUUGUGUGGAGGGGAAAAUACAGCAUUUCAGGAGUAAAAACACAGGUUUGAUUUAACACACCGAUGUUGGAGUGAAGUAAACGUGUGUCCUCCUGUAAUCUGGAGAAGGAGACAUGACCUACAACAUGAGUGUGUCUGGAGAACAGGACUUAAAGAGAGACGAGAGAAUGAUGGAAGGAAAGAGAUCAGACUCACCAGAACCCAGCUGUGUGUCCAUGAAGAGUGACUGGUCAAUGGAGCAACCACUUACCUUCAGAGACGGAGCCAGUUCUCCUGAUGUGAGACCACAACAGAAGAAAUCAAACAUCAGCAGAAAUCAGUUGGACUCCAUAUUCAAGGAGCUGGAACACAAAGUCAUCACUCUGAUAAAGAAUGAGCUGAAGAGGUUCAGGAAGCUCCUGAGUCCAGAUUACCCAGCAUGCACUGAGAGGGAGGUGCAGGAUGAGGAGGAUGUGCACAGUGUCAGAGAGGGAGCGCUGAAGAUCACACUGCACGUCCUGAAGAACAUGAACCACACAGAUCUCGCUAACACACUGCACAACAAACUCGUCUCUGUGUAUCAGACAAAGCUGAAAUCCAGCCUGAGAGAGAAGUUUAAAAGAAUUAAUGAAGGAAUCUCACAGCAUGGAAGCUCAGCACUUCUGAAUGAGAUCUACACAGAGCUCUACAUCACAGAGGGUUGGAGUGGAGACGUCAAUAAUGAACAUGAGGUGAGACAGAUUGAGACAGCAUCCAGGAGACCAGCAGCACAGGAGACACCCAUCAAAUGUAACGAGCUCUUUAAAGACAAGUCCAUCAGAAGAGUGCUGACUAAAGGAGUUGCUGGAAUUGGAAAAACAGUCUCUGUGCAGAAGUUCAUUCUGGACUGGACUGAAGGAAAAGCAAAUCAGGACGUCACCUUCAUGUUUCCACUUCCCUUUAGAGAGCUGAAUCUGAUGAAGCAGAAACAUCUCAGUCUGAUGGAUCUUCUUCAUCACUUUUUCCCUGAAAUGAGAAAACUACAGUUAAUAGACUCCUACAAAGUGCUGUUGAUCUUUGAUGGUCUGGAUGAGUGUCGACUUCCUCUAAAUUUCCAGAAGAAUGAGAGACUGUGUGAUGUGACAGAGUCAGCCUCAGUGGAUGUGCUGCUGACGAACCUCAUCAAGGGGAAUCUGCUUCCCUCUGCUCUCCUCUGGAUCACCUCUCGACCAGGAGCAGCCAAUCAGAUCCCUCCUGAGUGUGUAGACCAGGUAACAGAGGUACGAGGGUUCAGUGAUCCUCAGAAAGAGGAGUACUUCAGGAAGAGGAUCAGUGAUCGGAGCCUGGCCAAUAAAAUAAUCAGACACAUGAAGUCUUCAAGAAGCCUCUACAUCAUGUGUCACAUCCCAGUCUUCUGCUGGAUCUCAGCCACUGUUCUAGAGAGAAUGUUGGGUGAAGCAGAGCGUGGAGAGAUCCCCAAGACUCUGACUCAAAUGUUCACACACUUCCUGAUCUUUCAGAUCAAACACAAGGACCAAAAGUACCAUCAGAAAUGUGACCCUGAUCCUCAGCAGACCAGAGAGAGUAUCCUGGCACUGGGAAAACUGGCUUUCCAACAGCUGGAGAAAGGAAACCUGAUCUUCUAUGAGGAAGACCUGAGAGAGUGUGGCAUUGAUGUGAGAGAAGCGUCAGUGUACUCAGGAGUGUGUACCCAAAUCUUCAGAGAGGAGUUUGGGCUUCACCUGGGGAAGGUGUUCAGCUUUGUACAUCUGAGUGUUCAGGAGUUUCUGGCUGCUUUAUAUGCAUUUUUCUGCUUUAUUUUUAGAAAGAUAAAUGUGUUAGUGGAGCAAAGCACUGGACUUUUUAAUUUCUUCAGAAAGUCAGACAUGUGUGAUCUCCUCAUGAGUGCAGUGAACAAGGCCUUACAGAGUGAGAACGGACACCUGGACCUGUUCCUCCGCUUCCUUCUGGGUCUCUCACUGGAGUCCAAUCAGACUCUCUUACGAGACUUAAUGCCACAGACAGGAAGCAGCUCUCACAGCAAACAGGAAACAGUCGAGUACAUCAAGGAGAAGAUCAGGGAGAAUCCAUCUCCAGAGAAAUCCAUCAAUCUGUUCCACUGUCUGAAUGAACUGACGUGUCCCUCAGUGCAGAUUGGGCGGUGUGAUACGCUGAUACACAUCAUAGGACCAGAAAAUAGAAUAAUCAGUCAUGUCUAUUGAUAGAUAUUUUCCUAUAUCCUCUAUAUCACCAGUGUCACAUGCUGUAUUCAUAUUGUUCCCAUGGUGACAGUGUUCUGUUUUUCUUCUUCUCGUUUGUGAAGUUCUGUUCAAUGUCACUUUCAAAUGAAAGGAGAAAAGAAAAAGUGCCUUUCACUGGUGUUUAGAUCACAAAAUGAUCAGAAAGCAGUGAUGAAUACAUGCAGUUAUUCUGUAGAGAUCAUUUCUUCAUCAGUUUUAGAGAAAAGGUAAUAAAUGGUGAUAGAAGGUUUUGUCCACAUGGCCCCGCCCUCAGUGCAGACGUAACGUGUUGGUGUAAAAAGUGAAACUCUUCUGGAACAGUCACCUCAAACCUCUUCUCCAGGAUAAAGCAGUCUUGGUGAAGAGUUAGAACCCGUCCCACAUUUCCAGCAGUUUGGGAGCUGAAUCAUUAAACUUAAAGGGGCAGAGCAGAAACAAAGUCAAGAACAGGCAGAAGGUCGUACACAGGAGAAAUCAACACACGUAACCAAAUAUCUGCUGUACAAAGCAACAGCACCGAUCUGCCCCGGGGAUGGAGACUGACGAGGCUUAAGUACACGUCCGGAAAUGUACAGCCAACUCAUCCCAAAGCACGAGGCGGGAGCAGGCGUGUACGAGAUGUGAUCGUCCAAUGGCAAGCAGGAACAUGACGAGUCGCAGUGGACUGGGCUUAAAAGAGGAGGAGACAAGACACCCAUCCCUCCCCCGACAUAGACACACGAAUGGAACAUAGUACAAACAGAAAUACAACUGAGGACGUAACAAUGGUCAAAUAUCAAAUAGAAUGUAAACUUGCAUUGAUGAAGGUAAUGUUGUUAGUAAUUGUUUAUAAAUUACCAUGGUAACACAGCUCCAAGGUAUAAAAAUAUGGAGUUUGUCAUCAAUCAAACAGUAACCAGUUUUAAUACCUAAAAAAGUUUACGUAGCAAAAUUUAGCAAAGCGUUUUACAGUAAAUUAAAAUGUAAAAUUAAACUAAUGAAAUGUUGUGCAGCACAUGCUUAUGUUAAUGUUUGUUUCAUUAUAUGAUCAUUUAAAUAAAUAAAUAAAUACUCCCAAAGUCA